AUGGACGCGGAGAUGGAAAUCCCGAGGCUGCUCCCGGCUCGCGGGUCGCGACAGGGCGGCGGCGCUGGCAGCCCCGGGGGCGGCGGCCGGAUCCACGGAGGUCCUGACCCGCGGGCCGGCCAGGCCCCCGCGCGCCGCCUCCUGCUGCUCCGGGGCCCCCAAGAUGGCGGGCCGGGGCGGCAGCGUGAGGUGGCCCGCGCGGCCUCCCCGGGCCCGGGCCCUAGCCCGUUGGUGCCGAGGCCCGAUCACGCUGGCGGCGGCGGCGGCGGCGGCGGCGGCGGCGGCGACGAUGGCGAUGACUUCUUCCUGGUGCUGCUGGACCCGGUGGGUGGAGACGUAGAUUCCACGGGCGCCAGCCAGGCCGCAGGGCCCCUAUGGAGGGAGGAGGCCGGGCUGGGCCCACGGUUCCAUGGGCACGAAAGCGGCGCGAACCCCGAGGGCCGCCCUGCGCUGGGCCCCAGCUCCCUGUCCGCUAUCCGCGCCCCAGUCCCGGCCCUGGCCCCGAUUCCCGCCCCAGUCCUGGGCCCCGCCGCGGCCUUCGCGGGCACCGUCACCAUUCACAAACAAAACCUGCUGUUGCGCUUCGAGAACGGCUUCCUCACCCUGGCCACGCCCCCGCCGCCAGCCUGGGCGCCUGGGGUCGCCCCUGCCCCGCAGCCCGGGGGUCUGAUCGCCCCGCAAGCGGGGAUCCCGCACGCCGCGCAGCCUGGGGACUGUCCCGAGCUGCUGCCCGACCUCCUGCUGGCCGAGCGGGCCGAACCCGCGCCCGCCCCAGCGCCCGAGGAGGAGGCGGAGGGCCCGGUUGCUGCUGAGAGUCCCCGCGGGCCGCUAGGCCCGGGCCAGGGCGUGGUGCUGUACCUGUGUCCUGAGGCGCAGUGCGGACAAACCUUUGCCAAGAAGCACCAACUGAAGGUGCACCUGCUGACGCACAGCAGCAGCCAGGGCCAGCGGCCCUUCAAGUGCCCCCUGGGCGGUUGCGGCUGGACCUUCACCACCUCGUACAAGCUCAAGAGGCACCUGCAGUCACACGACAAACUGAGGCCGUUUGGCUGCCCGGCAGAGGGCUGUGGCAAGAGCUUCACCACGGUGUAUAACCUCAAAGCACACAUGAAGGGCCAUGAGCAGGAGAACUCAUUCAAAUGCGAGGUGUGUGAGGAGACCUUCCCCACGCAGGCCAAACUCAGCGCCCACCAGCGCAGCCACUUCGAGCCUGAGAGACCCUACCAGUGCGCAUUUUCGGGCUGCAAGAAGACGUUUAUCACAGUGAGUGCCCUGUUUUCCCAUAACCGCGCCCACUUCAGGGAACAGGAACUCUUUUCCUGCUCCUUUCCUGGCUGCAGCAAACAGUACGACAAGGCUUGUAGGUUGAAAAUUCACCUUCGGAGCCACACUGGUGAGAGACCUUUCCUUUGUGACUUUGAGGGCUGUGGCUGGAACUUCACCAGCAUGUCCAAACUCCUUAGGCACAAAAGGAAGCACGACGAUGACCGGAGGUUCAUGUGUCCUGUAGAAGGCUGUGGGAAAUCUUUCACGAGGGCCGAACAUCUGAAAGGCCACAGCAUAACCCACCUGGGCACAAAGCCUUUUGUGUGCCCCGUGGAAGGCUGCUGUGCCAGGUUCUCUGCUCGCAGUAGUCUCUACAUUCACUCCAAAAAACACUUGCAGGAUGUGGACACUUGGAAAAGCCGAUGCCCAGUCUCCACUUGUAAUAAACUCUUCACAUCCAAGCACAGCAUGAAGACCCACAUGGCCAAAAGGCACAACCUGCGCCAGGAUCUCUUAGCUCAGCUAGGAGCUGCAAAUUCUCUUACGCCCAGCAGUGAACUUACCAGCCAGGGGCAGAAUGACCUCAGUGAUGCAGAGCUUGUGUCUCUCUUCUCUGAUGUGCCCAGUAAUAGUUCUGCUGCAGUAUUGGACACCGCAUUGGUGAACUCUGGGAUCUUGACUAUUGAUGUGGCUUCUGUGAACUCAACUCUGGCAGGGAAACUCCCUGUUAAUAAUAAUAAUAAUUCCUUAGGGCAGGCGGUGGACCCUCAGACCUUGAUGGCCACCAGUGACCUUCCUCAAAGUCUGGAUACCUCACUCUUCUUUGGAACGACAGCCGCUGGUUUUCAGCAGAGUCCCUUAGAUACAGAUGAUGUCUCAAGUGUAAGUGCGGGGCCGUUGGGAUCUCUGAGCUCUUUGGCUGUGAAAACCUCGAGUCAAGAGCCCCAAGCUUUGACCCCCAGCAGUAAGCUAACAGUAGACACAGAUGCUCUGACUCCUUCGAGCACCCUUUGUGAAAACAAUGUCUCGGAACUACUGCCGCCAACCAAAACGGAAUGGAACGUACAUCCUGACUCUGACUUCUUUGGACAGGAGGAAGAAACCCAGUUUGCAUUCUCCAAUCCUGCAGGAAACCAUGGGUCUCAGAAAGAAACAGAUCUUAUCACAGUGACUGGCAGCUCAUUUUUGGUAUGAACUAAACUCUAUCCAUUCCUUGCCACAUGGCUUACUUUUAUUGAUGACACUCAAUUUUAAGAGUAUUCUGGACUAAAUGUUUAAAUGCAGUCAUUUCUUAUAGGUUUGAAAAAGAACAGAGCCCUGGGCUACAAGUUUGGAGAUUUAAAUUCUGAUCUUGAGUCUGGAACUGACAGGUUGUGUGACCCUGAGCAAGUCACUUAUCCUAUCUGAGCCUUAAUUUCCUUAUUUAUAAAAUGAAGUGGUUUGAAUAGAUUGUUUCUAAGGUCUUUUCAACUGUAUGAUUCCUUGAUAAUAUGCUUCUUUCCUUGAAAAAAAUUAGGACAUUUUUCAGUGAUGUUGCAUGUGCUUUUCUUCAAACAUGCAUAAACUACACAUAAUAGUAGAAUGAACAUUCAUGUAUAUGACACCCAACUUCAGCUAUUGUCAAUUCAUGUACAUUUUUGUUUAUAUAAUCUCCAUUCUCACCCUCUCCCAGUAUUAUUUUGAAAUAAAUACCAGAUAUCACAUCAUUUCAACCAUAAAUAUGCAGUAUAUGUUUCUAUAAAGCAUGGGCUCUUUUGGAAAAAUCUUCAGUUCCAUUAUCAUACUUAAAGUUAACAGUAGUUCUUUGAUACUGUCAGGGUUCCAACUUAUAAUUGUCUCAUAAAUGCUAUUUGUUUUAAUAUUUUUAACAAUUAGAAUCCCAGUAAGCCUCUUAACUGUCUUUUUAAUCUGUAUGUUACCCUGUUGUCCUUUUUCUUGCAAUUUUAUUCAUUGAAGAAAGGAAGUUGUUUCACAUGUAGCAUUUGCCACAGUCUUAAGUUUUGAUAAUUACAUCCCUGUGGUGUUAAGUUCCCCUACCCUCUGUUUCCUUAAUUUGGUAGUUGGAUCUAGAGACUUGAUCAGAAUGGAAAUAUGAUUUUGGGGAUAGGAAUGUUUCAUAUGUCGUGUUGUGUUCUUUUAGCAGGUGGCACAUAAUGUCUGGUUUUCUCUCUUGUGAUAUUUGCAGCUGCUGGUGAUUGGUGCAUUAAUUCAUGAUUACCUGUGCUUCUGAUAUCAUGAAUUGUUCUUGUAGAGUUACUAUUAAUGGAGGAAGAAAUGCUGUUGAAGGCAUGUAUAAAAGUUUGUUAGAAAUAUUAUUCAAUGCCAAAAUAGUUUCUUAAAGGUAGAACUAACAAGAAAAGAAAAAAGUAGCAAAAAAUGUUUUGACUCUGCUCCCCAUUUAUCUUCCACACCUCUUUUAAUGAUGGGAGGCUUUGCUGUUGUAGAAAUUGUCAGCCAGGACUUUGACAUGAAACAGACCCAUGGUCAAAUUCAUGUUGGAUAAGUGGCCUUGAAUAAAUUAAUUUCACUAAGCCUCAGUUUCUUAGCUGUCAAAGGAUCAUAGCAAUGCACACACAUAGCUAACACACCUGAGACUUUUAAUCUUUUCCUGUUUUUAAUAUGUAAAGAAAAAUACUAUGUGCUUUGACAUAUUUUGAUGAAUUUAUGUAAUCCUUUUACCAUCUCAAUCCUUCCUACUGUAAAGAGGAAAUUGGGAUAAUUUAAUCCUGUUCAUGUCCAGACAAGGUUUGUGAGAGUUAGGGUGUAGCAAGAUAGGGAAUCUCUUUAUUCCCUCCACUGAAUUAUUUCCCCCCAGGAAUUUCUGUGGCUAAUGCCAGGAGUGGAAAUAUUGCUCACAGGUAUAUCUGCAUCCCUGUUCAUUAGACCAAUUUGUCACCAUCUUUGCUCUGAUUCCAGAGUUAGACUUUGCUGUAACUGCAGAGUCUGCUGUUGCAAGAAACUGAUAAUGGAGUAGAGAAGGUUUCCUACUCUCUGUGGUCUGGAGAGCUCAUUGUUUGCAUUUUCCCAGAGUUGGAAGGAAAGAUUGAAGCUGAAUAUUGUGUGAAAUGUCUGUCUUAUAUGAGUGUAGCAUUUUGAAUUUUGUGGAACAUCUUCACAACUGUUGUUCAGAGCAACCCUAUGUGGUAGUUUUGGCAAAGUUUGUUCUGUGGCUCAUGGCAUUUUAGCAAAUGCACAUUCUAAAUGGACUUUGGCUAGUGACUGACAGUUCUAUAUAUAUCAAUAACUUAAAACAAAGAAGAUAAAUUAUUUUCACCUCUCACUUCCCACCCAUCCAACUUUCAUGAUUUAUCCCUGUGUCAUAACUAGCUGCUGUUUUCCACUUUAAUUGGUUUCUGUUACUUUCUGUUUACUUUCUCCCCAGUCCACUCCCAUGUAUGUGCAUUCCAGCCCUUACCAUGCCUUACUUUUUAUUUUUUAAUGGAUAGAUCUCUUCCUGCUACUAUUCCUCAGAUCUCCUCAUAGCCCAUUUUCUUCCAAUGAUAACAUUUGCUGAGUGUACACUGCAGUUGUGUGUAUAGUAAGAAGUUAUUUUCUGAGCUUAGAUAAUACUGUGUGUAUAUAUGACUCAGAUGGCAAAAGACAUUAUUUUCUAUAUUGUUCAGAUGAGAAGUAGAUUUCUGUUUUAUUAUUUCCAUUUUUUAAGAGUUUUUGCCAAGGAGUUCAGCUAAAACUCGUGUUUGCUGUAGUGUACUAGCCCAGUAGUGUUUGCAUGUGAAUGCCUAUGGAUGACAGUUAUUGUAGCUCUUUGGCAGUGCACUAAAAACUUGUCACUUUGAAAUGUUUAUGUACUGUGUGUAUGGGGGUAUACACACACAUACACACACAUAUAUUUUUAAAGUGGUUUUAUUCAUUUAGUGAUAAACAAAAACUAGGCAUACUUUUGUAAAUCAGAGAAAUGCUCAGAAUUUCAUUGUGUCUACACAUUCAAUUGUUUUCUGUCUUUGCUUUGGAAAUAUUUGUAUUCAUAAAGCACAUUUCAAAAAUAUUGUCACUCAUUAAGGCCUCUUAGAUUGAGCACUGUUUUUCAUGUCUGGCAGUUAACGUGCGUCGAGGAUUGAAAUAAACACACAAGUAGCGAACAUCAAAUAAAUUACUUAAACAUGA